AUGUCUUCCUCAGCAGCGGCUGAUGUCUUCCCGAUGAAGAAGAAGACGAUGACGACGAAGACUACCACUACUAUUACCGUUGCCGUCGAGUCGGGCGAAGAAGAUUCAGUCGUCGAUGAGGUUAAGGACAUAACUGAAGAACAGGAAGAAGUGGUGGACGACAGCGAUGACGGCGAAGACGACGGCCGUUACGACGACUCCAUUGUCGACUUCACAGCCGCUGAUUCAAAGGCCGUUACAGUCAUUGAAGAUUUGUUUGUUAAUAAUAAUAAUAAUACAAAUGAUGUCAACAAUAAAGAAGAGAUAAUACAGCAGAAGAUGAUAUCAACCAAUAGGUCGUCGAAGUCGAUGACGACGACGACGACAAACAACUCUCUUUCGGCGGAUGAGCUAUAUAUAUGUCAUUUGGUUCUUGUCGACCAACCCUUCACUGAUUCCGAUGAGUUUACCGAUUGUGGCAAUCAGUUUGUCUUUAAGACACUCAACAAAUAUAUUACCGAUAGUCAGAUAACGACGACGUCGUCGUCGUCGUCACCAAACAAGACAUCGACGCCGAAGAAGUCGACGACGACUUCAACGCCAACAACCAAUGAGUUGUCGAUUGAUAGACCAUCGGAUGAGUUGUUGCCCGGUUUUGGAUCAGCUUUGGACGAUCGUCGGCCGAUAUUUAGUUGGCACGAAACCCGCAAAAAGAUUACCGAAUACAAGAACAGUUCAAACUUUGGUUCAGAAUUUUUCAAAAGAAAUAAGAAAUUCAAUAAUAAUAAUAAUAACAAUAAAAGAGAUAUUAGUAAACGACAGCCAUUUUCUGGUGACUUAAUGAUGAAGACGGAGAACAAACCAUUUCAACACAAAUCAAAUCAACAGUCAUAUGGAGGCCAAAGAUUUCAGAUGAAAAAUCAAUCACAUCAUCAACAACAGCAACAACAACAGCGGCGACCGGGAAGAGGUGGCUAUCAUCGAAAUUUUAGACAUCAAGACAUGAACAGUGGUCCACAAUCUUCUUCAACUUCAUCAGCAUCUGAUCGCAGAUUGUUUGAUCUCAACGAUAACACUGAUAUUAGAUAUCGUAAUCAUAAUAGUGGUGAUAAUAGUGGCCAAACAGCUGGUGGUAGCGGCGGUGGUGGCAGUGACCGCAACCCGAUGACCGACGGUGUGAUGACGUCGACGAGUGGUCAGUUUGCUUUUGGACGCCGGCAUUCAUAUACAGGACAACCGCAUCAAAAUUAUUUUUAA